AUAAAAUAAAUUGUAUAUUUAUGUAAUUUUUUCAUAUAUUAAUCUAAGAAUUCUAAUCUCACGACUAUAACCCGAGAUAAUUUAGUUGGUGAAUCAAACAAUCAUCCUUCCAUUUGGUCAACUAAAAACACGUGUCAAGCACGUGACUUUCCCUCCAAACUCCCCUGUUUCGUCUCCUUCACAAAACUUCAAAAAAAAAAAAACUGAACUUUUCUUUCACUCUCAACUCUGUCUACGCCAUUAAAACUGGAAAGAGCUAUGCUUUUGAGUUUUGACACAAUUUGUCUUUCUAUGCUGUAGCUGCGCUACAUGAAACAAAGAUUAAAAGUUUACGAUGAAAAAAAAAGUGUUGUUUUUCGAAGGCUUAGUUGCGAUGAAGGUGUAGGAUGAUCGGAUGGGAGGAUAGAAUUGAGAGAUUGAGGGGGGGAAGUCACGCGUUUUCGUGUAUGCUGUUGAGAAAAAGGAUGUCGCAAAUACUGCUGGAUUUAGUUUAAGGGAGGUUUUUGGCCAAAAGUUCCUGUCGUUAUUUUUUUCAUGGCGGCAACCAAAUUGCUUACAAUCUUCAUAGCACUUGCUGCUCUUUCUGCAUCAGCAGCAACUAUAGGUGUAGUGUUUUGGAGAAGAAAGACAAGAGCUGAUGAGGAGAAAAUCCGAGAGUUGGAAAGAUCUUUGAAGGCUGCAUUGCAAAACUGUGGUGCUGAGAGGCAAGGCCGCAUUAGAGCUCAACAGGCAUUGAGGAAAGUUGCCAACUCAAAUGAUUUUAAUAAUUCAUAUCCUUUGGCACCUAUUGCAAUCACUCGGUCAUGUUUCUCCACGAGGAAUGGGACUCCGAGGCAACCUUUGGUUGUACCACUUGCUAAAGCAUGUCUAGUAUUUGAUCCAACUCGAGUUCCACCUGCAUCUCUUGAAGGUCUUGAAGGCUAUUCACAUUGUUGGAUAAUUUACAUCUUUCAUCUAAAUACGGAUCUUGACAAGUUAUGGAAACAUCCAUCGCGGUCUAAGUUCAAGGCAAAGGUAAGAGUACCAAGGCUGAAAGGAGAAAGGAUGGGGGUCUUUGCAACAAGAUCUCCUCAUCGCCCAUGCCCUAUAGGCCUCACUGUUGCAAAGGUUGAUAUUGUGGAUGGAAAUAAAGUUUUCAUUUCUGGUGUUGAUUUAGUUGAUGGAACUCCCGUCCUUGACAUCAAGCCAUAUCUUCCAUACUGUGAUAGCAUCCCUGGUGCAAUGGUCCCCGAUUGGGUAAAGGCGGACAAUAUGUUAGCGAUAACAUCUGUUAACUUCUCUCACGACUUCUCUGCCUCUCUGAGCCAUUGUUGGUCAAGGAAAUUACAAAAGAAGAAGAAAACCGAGAUAUUACUUUAUACAUCUCCUACUGAGUUUCAAAAAUUGAUUCAUCAAGUGCUGUCAUGGGAUAUACGAUCAGUAUCUCAGAGGAUUCGACCUCAUAAGACUGAAAAUAGCAGCAUGAAUAAUGCAACGCUUGAAGAUGACGACAGUCAAGAGGAAGUUCAUUUUUCUGAUGAUAUUGUUUACCACCUUAUUUUGGAAGGCCUUGACACCUCCUACAAAAUUGACUAUGAUGGCAAUGUUCAUGUCGAAAAGAUUGAACCUUGUACUCCAAACUGAAGCAAGUUGUGGUUUGUGCAUUAUCAGAGCUAGUUAAUUGAAAUUUUUUCAUGUUAUACU